AGUACCACUCGUAACUCAUACAAUACAAACCAGUCUAUUUUAAUUUUUUUGACAUGCCAAGUUCACUUUAGUGAUGCACGAGGUAUAUAACUCCACCUUAUGAUAUAACAGUUGCUUCUUUUGGUACUUCAGCAUGCUGCAAACAGCUGUUUACCAUUGAUCGAUCGAUAAAUACGCCAAAUUCAUGGCGAGCAAAAAUAAAAAUCUGCAAAAUUUUCCGGAGUCACCGUCAGAAGAACAAAACACAACCCUCUCUCCAGUCUGGUAUUCACCAAGAACCAAAUCAAUAGCGCCCUCUGAUUCAAACAUAUUAGUAUGUAUUUCUCGUUUAGAAGCAAUCAUCAAGACUACAGUGGAACAUUUCCAGAAAUGGAACUUGGCUGAAAAACGGGGAGUUCAAAUAUGCCUACACAUAGAAUCAAUCAAAAGUAAGGCAUUUGAGCUCAUAAAUUCCUCAGAGAAAUCUAAAGACUUUACAUUAUAUCCCUCUGCAAUGAAACCGCAAUGUAAAAAUUUAGCAAUAUUGUCUUCAAUUUGCCAUGACAUUUCUGUAAAAACCAAAGAUUCUCUUAGGCAGUUAAAAUCUUUAAGUAAAUCACCCGGUAGCUCCAACGUAAUAUUUUACCGUUCCUGGCAAUUACCAGAGUACAUAGCGUUCUUAGAAGAUCUUUCAAAUAGGUAUGAAAAGGAGGCUGAAGUAAAAAAAGCUGUAGCAGAAAACAUUCCCCAUUGCACAUCCAAAUCCGAACUUAUUCGAUGGACUUCUUUAUGGGAAUGUCCCCAAUAUGUUGAUGCAUAUGUCAGCGCUUUAUUUUUAUAUUUUAAAGAGGAAACAGCAAAUAAAAACAAUAGCUAACCAAAUUGCUAUAAAAUUAA